AUGGCUGCUGUUGAAGUAUUGAAAGAAGCUGUAGAUAUAACCACGAUUCCUGUUGAGAUGAUCGAAAAGCAAAUGUUUCCGAAAGCAAUAUCCGAAGAGGAAUGGCAUCGAAAUGUGAAAGAAUUCUUGACAAAUACCGACGAUGGUUAUACAAUGGUUGAAACAUCAGCUGAAGAUAUGCAGAAGAUCGAAGAAUUACUUGAAACAAAAGAAAAGGUUUUUUCAACGCCAUACAUGAUCAAGACCAAAUGUGAACACUGUCCAAAUUGCCAGCGUCAAAACAAUUUUUUGGAUGUUGUUGCAACUGGUCUCAAGGUUCAUAAACCCCAAUUCUUGAUAGAUGUAUUCACGGGCAAAUAUGGACACAUACUCAACAGUGCACCGCAUCAACGAUGCUUCUGCUAUCAAUGUGGCAUUCAAUUACCUGAAGAUGCAACCAAAUUUUCAGCACCGAAAGAACCGACGGCUGAACAGAAGAAGGCAUCUAACUACUCGUUUCCAAUUUAUAAUUAUCGAAGUUGA